UGCUUAAAUUAAGGACUGAUAAAAACAGCAUUAAUUAUAUCUAUCAAUCUGAUGAUUUCCUUUCCUUCCCUCCCUCUCCUCUGCCCCCAAUAAGUAGUAGUAGUUCACCAUCCUCCUUGCUCUCAUACUCACAAGUAGCAGCAGCCUCAUCUCUGUUUCUCUCUCUAUAACUCUCUCUCUCUAUACAAGCAAUGGCAGUUGUGGGUGCCCUCUGCUUUCUCACUCUGAUUCUAUUUCUUUCAAUGGUUGACGCCCGAAUUCCAGGCGUUUACACCGGCGGUUCAUGGCAAACCGCUCAUGCCACUUUUUAUGGUGGCAGUGACGCCUCCGGAACUAUGGGGGGUGCUUGUGGAUAUGGAAACUUGUACAGCCAAGGCUACGGCUUGCACACGGCGGCGCUAAGCACGGCCCUCUUCAACAAUGGUUACAGCUGCGGCGCUUGCUUCGAGAUCAAGUGUGCCAACGACCCGCAGUGGUGCCACCCCGGCAGCCCCUCCAUCUACAUUACUGCCACCAACUUCUGCCCACCCAAUUAUGCUUUGCCUAAUGACAAUGGUGGUUGGUGCAACCCUCCUCGCCCGCACUUCGACCUUGCCAUGCCAAUGUUCCUCAGGAUCGCCCAGUACCGUGCCGGAAUCGUUCCCGUCUCCUACCGCCGGGUGGCAUGCCGAAAGCAAGGAGGGAUGAGAUUCACUAUCAACGGCUUCCGAUACUUCAACUUGGUUCUGGUUACCAACGUUGCGGGUGCAGGAGAUAUAGUGAGGGCGAGCGUGAAAGGGUCAAAGACUGGGUGGAUGAGCAUGAGCCGUAACUGGGGUCAGAACUGGCAGUCAAAUGCCGUGUUGGUUGGUCAGUCACUCUCCUUCAGGGUCACAGGCAGUGAUCGUCGCACCUCCACCUCAUGGAACAUCGUACCUUCCAAUUGGCAAUUUGGUCAAACUUUCUCGGGAAAAAAUUUCAGGGUUUAAGGAGCAUUGCCCGCCAUUUUCAUGCUGCUUUAUUUUCUUUCUACUUUUUAUUUUCCAUUUUCUUUUUCCCGGAAAGUGAGUCGAGGGAGAGAGAAGAAAGAGUGCUUUUGGGAGUGGUGAGUGAACAGAAAAAUCAAAGAGGGGGAAAUGGGAGAAAGUUUAGGAUUGUGUCUGUGUGCUUGUCUCACCAUUUUUUAGUUAUGGAGAGUGUUUUAUUAGAUAAAGGAACAAUAAGAGAUUGUAGGAGCUGAAGUGGCUAGAAGGGUCAUGUAGCCCGCAGCUUACUUGCUAUAUUUAUAUAUAUAUAUAUAUAUAUAUACAUAUAUAUAUAUAUUUAUAAAUACAUAUGGGUUUUAUAGUAUUCAUUAUCCUUUCACAACUAUUUCCUUGUUUCUCUCUUA